AUGGCCAAGGUGAGGAAGAUGGACAGAAGAGACACACAGCUCAUCUGCUCACUGCUGUUGUGCAUCAUCACUCAGGUAUGGUGCCUCCUGUGCUCUGGGCCCUGUCAGUGCCCGCCCGCCCCGCCGCGCUGCCCUGCUGGCGUUCCUCUGGUGUCGGACCGCUGCGGCUGCUGCCAGGUGUGUGCCGGGCAGGAGGGCGAGGCCUGCACCGACCGGCUGCCCUGUGACGACCGCCGAGGGCUGCAGUGUGACUACAGUGCCAGCUUCCCCGGAGGGCCGGGACAGUGUGUCGGCUGGAACGAGCUGGGCUGUGAGAUGAAUGGCCGGAGGCUGGAGGAGGGAGAGACAUUUCAACCCUCCUGUGCUCUGCUCUGCCACUGUUUGGGUGGAGGGGUGACCUGCGUGACCCUGUGCAGCAAGGAUCUGCAAAGGCCCGCCGACGAGUGCCACAGGCCUCAGCUGGUGCGACUACCAGGGCGCUGCUGCAAGGCGUGGUUGUGUGGGGGCUUGGACAACAGCAUUUCCUUGAAUCCAUCAGCGGCUGAGCAGACGCGCCAGGAAUCUGUUUCCAUCUCCAACUGCAUUGAGUGGACUUCAGACUGGAGCCCCUGCUCUCACAGCUGUGGCCCAGGUGUUUCCACUCGCAACACAAACAGAAACUGGGCUUGCCGCUCGCAGACUGAGACCAGACUGUGCCAGGUCAGGCCAUGUCAGACUCUGAUGCCGGCGCCCCGAACGCUGCAGCCGGGGUCGGGGGGGUGCGAGAGCAGCUACAAUUCCCCUCUGUCCCUUCAGCUGGAGCAGCAGGGCUGCUGGAGCACCAGAGCCUACCGUCCCAGGUUCUGCGCCUUGACCUGUCAGGAUGGACGCUGCUGCAGCCCCUCCCACACCAGGACAGUGCGGAUGGUUUUCCGUUGCCCCGAAAACAGGCUCACCCUGCAGCGGGUGAUGAUGAUUGAGUCCUGCUCCUGCAGCAUCUCCAACUGCCGCUGGUCCACAGCCGCCCAGAGUGUCCUGCCCUGGCCGUGAGCUGCACGUGCGUCCAGCCCCAAGAGAUGCACGCAGGACCCGUCCUCAAGGAAAGGGACCAGACUACACACAUGACAGAUGGAUCAACAGAGUGUGAAGAGGUUAUAGUGUUUCAAUUGGAAAAUUUGUAUUUGAAUGACUGAAAGAUACUGUAACGAUAAACAUGUAAACUGUAGCCCCGCCCCAUCGCUGAAGAUUAGAAGCUAUAGUGUUGUUUUCAAAUGCUCUCAGAGGUUCAGCUGGUUGGUCGAUGUUUGUGUUUUCUUGCCGGGCUGUUGGUUUGUUUUUGGCUAUUCUGUUCUUCUUUUUAUGACUGACGACAAAGUGUACCUUUAAACGCUGUUAUUAAAUGGCGUGUUUGGUAAACAGAUUUGCUUUGUAAAUCACUCAUAAUCACAGAAGAGUAAUGAAUGAAUUGUCAGUUCAGAUUUCAUGAUGCUGUCCUUCAGAUUGUUCAUCACAAGGUUGAUGCAGA